CUGAACGUGGCGUCGUUGGCUACCCUGGGGUGAGAAAAGCACGGCUGUUGCUCGGUUUGUUCAGUGUGGGAGACUGCUGUGUGAUAACAGUGUUUGUGGCGUCUUUGAACUGAAAAAAAAAACAGGACUUUAUAGACACUAGCUCUCCCCGCUUCGUAACACAUAAGACGAUGAAUGGUAAGUCAACGAACGGCACGCUGGGGGGAAUGGCCUGCAUCGAGGGUCUCCCGCCGCUGCCGAAGAGCCUGAGCGGGUUGCUGAACUCAAGCGGCGGCUCCUGGAGAGAAAUGGAGAGGAUGUACGUGAAGAAAACCAUGAUCCAGGACGACCUGAGCAGAGGCAGGAACAAUGCCGAUAACCUGCUGGCCAACAAGCCGGCCAACCUCGAUGCAGCACUGGCUCUGCUGCGAAAAGAGAUGGUGGGUUUGCGUCAGCAGGACAUGUCCCUGCUGUGCCAGCUGUGGUCGCUCCACGAGUCCAUCCAGGAGUACAAGGGGAGCUGCCAGGACCUUAGCGCAGCCUCCAGCCUCAGCAUGAUGGAGAAUGGCUACUUUGACGAGGAUGACGAGUAUUACCCGGAGCCUGGUUCCACUCCCACCGGGGAACAGCCGGAUGGAGACAUUGGAGAUGGGAUGGCAACAAUGGGGGCAGCCAAGAAUGGGAGCGGCAGUGGCAAAGGGGACAGCUGGGACUCCUUUCGCGUUAACAUCUGAGGCCUCGUUGUCAGCAUUUUUCUUAGUGUGGAUGCAUAUUUUUGGGUUGACAGACUGGAUUAGGCUGGAGGAGAAACCUUUUUGGCCUCCAGGGAGUGAGUGGCUGGUGAGAGACAACAGACUAUGGCGUCUCGUGGAACUGUAAAAAUCCAGCUACCUUAAACACCUCCUCAGGUCAAACAUCCGCCUGCUUGUGUUGCAGAACGUUGUUUCUGCAGCGUGACCAGGAGCUUCAUCAAACUGCAGAUCUGAGCGAUCAGAUAUUUUGAGAAGUUACUCUCUUAACAACCUCUGAAACACUCAGGGGUUGGGAUCAAUUGUAUCCAGCGACUCGAUAUAGUCAAAAUUCGGCAAUAUAUAUAUAUAUAUAUAUAUAUACAUAUAUACACACACUUCUUUUUGUAAACAGCUUUAUUGCUGCUUCUAUGUCCGUUUGUUUUGUUAGACAGUCACUUUCUUUUUGGCUGAACUUUUUUUUUUUUAAUUUACAUAUACAAAAAUAUAUGAACAAAGUUUUAUUAUUUAUUAUAUAAUAUAAAUAACAAAAUAUUUGCUUUCCUGUUACUCUGACAUUUUCUACUGCACCAUUCCUCAGCAUUUACUGGUUGGAAAGAAUCCCAGAAAUCCAGAGCUUUGCAAUCAGCAUUGGUGCAAAAAGAUGACUGACUCUGUGGACAUAUUAAUGGAGACAGUGUGUGUGUUUCUUCUAAGUGGUGAAACCAUUAAUUUACAUCAACCCCUUGGGGUCCAACCAGAAGUAGUAGUACGGAGAAAGAGAUGAGGUCCUCAUAUCCACUGAGUUUGUGUGCAGGUAUGAGGUCUUCACCGUCCUGCCUUUAGGUGGAGCAGAUAUCUGCUCAGGAAAUGUGAAAUCUUCAGAAUGCUGGAAACAGUUUUAACUGUUUGCAGAGGUGAAAAACCCCAAGCCCAGCGUGCUGUGUUGCAGAUAUAGUGCUUCAGCACUUUACAGGCAUAUCAGACAUGUCUCUGUUCUCAGACUUUGUAGUGUUCAGGACACAUCUGCCUGAAUUUAACUUUCUGCUUUAAUAUUAUCUAUCUUUAAGAAACAUUUACUUAAAGAUUAAAACAGAACUCAGUUUAUUUCUGGAUCUUGGUUUCAUUGUAUUUAUCAAUUUAAGUGGGGGUCCGCCCCAAUCAAGGGUUGGCUGGUUCAAACACUGAACAUUCAGAUAUUAGUUUCUUGAGGUCAGUAUUAACAUGAAUAGAAAUGCAAAGACUACCUAAGUUGAAACAAGAAUUAUUCUUCAAAAUAAUAGAAUUAUUCUAUUAUAGAUGAUAAUGAGCAUUAAAAGAAAUUAUGAAGCCACAUACAAAUAUGGCCAAGAGCUGAGCUGUGAUCUGGUAGCUGGAACAUUUUUCAUUAUGGAAACAAAAAAUAAAAAAUCUACACAUUUUCUCACUUUUUCAUGGUGCAGUUUGUUUUUAGACACUUUUUUUUUAAAUGGGACCUAUUGUGCUGAUAUCACUUCCAUGCUGGCUUUGUAUGAUUCACAGUUUACAGUAAUCUUUCUUUGAGUUUAAAAACAAACAAACAAAAAAAAACCCUUGCCCUUCAUGGGGAUUUCUUACUGACCUCCUUUUUUUAUUGAUUGAUUUUGUUCCUUUUAGAAACAUUUUUGCAUAAUAGGUCCCUUUUAACUUUUUCUGGUCCCAGUGGCCUUCAAAUAUCACCUACAGUGUAAAUAAACAUCUGUAGCUCUAGACCUAGUAGCAACUAUCACAUGAAAACCCGGUGCUUUAUACUGUUAUGCAUCGAGAUCUUAACCAAUCUCAUUUUAGCGUCAUGUGCUCUGUUAAGUGUGACAGAUGCCCGUGCAGGAUUAAGCUCAUUUUUAAGUCAUCCUUGAGGAAUAUAAAUCUGAUUAUAUCAGCAUUUGGUCAUCUUUGCAUACGUUAUAGGGGCUCUUUAACGAUCUCUGCUUCCAUUACAAUAUGACGGUGGUCAUUAAUUAGAUUGUAACAAAAAAAAGUGCUUUUGUUUUUGCUUUGGUUGGUUUUUUUUUUUUUAAUCAGAAGAACUUGCCUUCAUUGCCUCAUCUAUAAUAAAAAAAACAACUAAGUUAAAAUUCCUUCAAUCUAAAAUCUAAAAUCUUGACUGUUUAAGACUUUUGGAUGUGAAAAUCCUCUUUGUAAACACAUGAAUGGUCUACUCAGGCUUCCUAAGUAUCUAAACUCUGCAGCAAAGGUCUCAGCUCAGCCUGUAGCAUACAACACAGCUACAGACACAGCACAGCAGCUGUGCUGUCAAUCAUAAAUUGAGUUUCUGAACUCACCAUCGCUUUGAGAAGAUAUCAAGGGUUCAUUUUUGCACAAAUGUGCUCAUAUUUCGUCACCUGUCUGUACGUCAGUCCGCUAUUUGAACACAAACCAAAGAGAGUACGCCACUCAGCAUUGUAUUUGGUUGACGUUGCUGAUGUAGGCGGGAUCUGGCUAUGUUGAACUUAAAACUUAACAUCUGGUGUCUUGACGAAUGUCGUUAGGAGUUUUUUGGAGCUGAUGAAUGAAGGACAUUUGGUUGGCCUUUUGAACAGUUGGCCGCCUUCUUCCCCACUCAAAGACCAGCGUUUUCAGUUGACUGAAUUAAAAUGUCACCGACCAGUGAAAGUCUAGAGGAUUGAUUUAUGACAAGUAUGUGAAGAGUCAGAUGUGUCGCAAUAACAUGUGGAUAUGAAACCAUGUUUCCGCAAGCACAGUAACCCUUGAUCUUCUAACUUCUCUCUAAAAUCUGUCGACAUCAAGAGUUUCUGAUUUAACCGGAGUAGUCUGACAUUUUGGGAAAAUGUUUCAGUUACAUACUUCAUCUGUUAAACGUAAAGUCAAACCAGCACAAUCACCAGAUGGGGAAGUAGCUAGCAUUACUAUGUCUUACUGCCUCCAUUUCCCAGACAUGGAUUAAGCUGAGAUAGACCAUAAACUUUUUCCCCUGGAGGUCCUCCUAGGAUUUAGUCUGGGAGGAGGUUUAAUCCGUGUUGGAGAGUAACAAAAUCCACUGGCAAGCACUUUUAAAGUUGCCACUUUGACAUAGUUUUGUUAUCCAUAUAACCUGGACCUGGUGUGUGAAGUAAUUUUAAACAUUACCAUCACAUGGGGACACAAAGUGAACAAUGGUUGAUUGUUUUUUGAGCAGGAUGAAGUUUGGGGUGGAGCAAAGCUAAACUCUGUUGUCACCAUAAAAGGAUGCAAGUUCUCCUUGAGGUUUAUCAUAUAUAUUUUUUUCCUGAUCUAAGCUUGGACAAACAUUUUUUUUGCCUCUUGCAUAUGUAACUACUCACUUUUAUUCUGAACCUUUCCAUAAUGCAUUUGCAACUUUCUGACUAGUCUUAUUAUUUAACAGAGUCCAUUGACUUUGGUUCCAGUGUUCUGAUAAGUUGAAAUGAUUGUUCUCUGUUUCUCUCUGUUGCUUUUUAUGAUCCACAUUUAAUGAAACUUAACUUUGUCUGUGAAGUACACCUGUAUGCGACUGCUGCCAACAUUUCUAGUCGGAUUACACAUUUAGGGUCAGGUAAAGCACCUGUUUUACUACUGCAGUCUACUGCUAAUCUGAAGCCGAAAGCACGUUUGAUUAAACGGUUUUAAACCACUGACGUUUAGGACACGAGUCACAUCUUGAUCCCAGGAUUUCUAUUGGAUGUCUACCCAAUUAGUGCCUUUUUAUAAGAUGUUCAAGAUGGGAAUGAACAUAUACCAUAAGUCAUAUGAACUGAUUGGCCUGUACUUUGGUUUUUAAAGCUGCUACAUGUGGAAUUUGAAACAUAAUGACUUUAGCAAUCUCACAAAACUCAUUCUGAAGCUGUGCCAGAAAUAAAUGAAUGUCAUGCUGACAUGUCGCUCUCCUCCAACUCCAACGAGUCCCUAAUUUGGAUCUGUUGUUAAUUAUACUCUUCUCUGUCAAAAGAUUGUUUGGAAUUUUAUUGGCAGGGAUGCAGCUGUUGGGAACGGUGUACUGCUGACACCCACUGAAAUUUGAGUUGCUCUAGCAAAAGUGAGACAUCUCUCUUCCUGUUUUGGUUGAUGCUUAGAAGAAAUUACACCUCAAAAUAAAAGGACCCUAAUGUAUGGCGGUUAUUUCUUCAGAAUACAACUUUAAAGUACACGUAGCAAUUUUACCGUCAAGAACUUGUAUCAGCCUUAAAGUCAGCUGAGGCAUUUGCAAACCGAGCUAGGUGGUGCACUCCUCACUUGUUCUUCAAGUCUGUUUUUUGCACUUGUUUGUGCCUGUUGCUGUGUUAAAUCCCCAAAAAUACGACUACCUGACCCUCUUUGAGUUUGUCACUACUACACAGGUGCAUGGUGCUCUUUGUACGCUUACACUAUUGUAGCUUAACCCAGCACAAGAGAGCUAAGAAGAAGCUUUAAAUUGAACACCAGCAAAUUGUACUUAAUAUUGUACCGUUGCCACGUGUGUUGCCUGUUCUGUAGACUAAAAUAUGCCCCUUUUUCACAUGAUUAUUGGAUGUGUAACAUGGAGAUUUCAUCUCAGGGUAAACUUUAAAAAAAAUUGUUGUUUUUUUUUGGGUGGUUUUGACUCCUGACAAAAUAGCAUACUUCCCUUAAACAAUGGCUCUCGAACUAAAGGUGAACAAUGCUAUGUCACACCCACUUACAGUGAGUCAUAAUUAUGAUUCAAUGGUUUGGUGCAAGUCUCAAAAUCAAAGGGCAAACUUUGCACCAACUUUGAACAAUCAGGAGGCGAAGACGCCAAGUGCAAAACAACCACAAAAGCUUGACAUAGUUUGACUUAAGUGCGGAUUACCCCUGCAAUCACGGUCACGCCUGAGCGUUCACACCCAUGCUGUAGUGAGGGUUGUGGCACUUGAAUGGAGAAUAACUUGAACAUUACUUCCAAUGAGGAAAAAAAAUAGCUGAAGGUGUGUAAUGUGUGUGCGCCUUUUCUGCAGCUGACCAAGUCUGACCUUUGUCCAAACCUGGGUUUGAAAACAUGAUUGAGCCAAGACAGUUCAUUAUUUUACAAGUGACAUGUUUAUCAGUAGGCCUGAGUAUGCAGAUGUAACCUAUUGAGGAAAUCAGAGAAGUAAAUGCAAUUUCAUUCGUGUUUGUUCUUUAUAUCUCUUAUUGUAAUCGUUCAUUAACUUGCUUUAGUGAAAAGAAGGAUUUUAUGUAUUGUUUUUUUUUGAAUAAGUAACAUUUGGAGAACACGUGAAGGCUGUGUUGCCGCCAUCUAUCAUUCCUCCUGUUCUCUUAUCCAUGAAUGACCACACUGCUGUUUGUUUGGACAGUACUCUCUCAUAGUUAUACUGUUAUGAAUUUAAUAAAGCGGUUCUGUACUUUU